AUGGAUCAUAAUCACCGUUACAGGGUUAUACUCCAUGGACCCUCCGUUUGGAAGGGCGCCACCAGGCCCCCAGAUGCGGAUCAGCAGGCACCAUUCAUCGUUGCCUUCGAGCCCCAAAAUGACCUGGUGGAAAUGCAGCAGGGGACUCUCGAGCUUGACGAUUUCUUCAUUGAUGAAAUAACAUGCACGACACAGAUAUUCUCCAUAUUCUUUUUUGAAAUGCAGGAGCAGGCUGUCCAUGCGCAGCAGGCACUCUCGAGAUCAUUAGACAGAUUGCAGACAGUGUAUGACAUUUUCCAGAACACAAGAGUUUUGGAAGCACUGGAGCAGGCUCUUGGAAGCGUGCACAUGCCUUUGGAGGUUGUUGUGAGCCGAACGGAUCUUACCGGUGACGAAAAAGGACGUGCGUCACUCAAUGCAGACAAGGAAUCGUACACCAUCCGAAUGGCAGUGUCACAGGGAUUAACCAGUGUUACACCUGAAACUAACCUAUUGGAAGUUGUGAGUCAGGCGGUUGCGCGAAAAGGGGCGCUCUUGAACCGCGUUUCGAUCAGUUUUUACGAACUGCCUGGCAACAGGGCAACCAGUGUGGCACAGACGCCAGCACAUAUAGGGGUGUCAGGUAUCAUAGGUAAAUCGGGAAAGUCAACACCUAGGAAUCUGACCAGAGGUACAACACCGUGCGCGCGCGUUGGUAAGGCCGUUGUGGACCUCUACAGCAAGCGUGGUCUAAUAAACCCGCCGACACCAUGGAUGUCAGCACCAUAUAACGAAAACGUUCUGGUUGCUUCUAGCCCGGUUUUGAAAGCCACUGUAGAUUCGAAGCAGCUUGAAGAGUUAUUGCACCAAUCUGAUGAGGGUCUCAGGUCGGUCUCCCAAGAUCAGUAUAUCCAUGAGGCUGAGCUCAAAAAUCUAAAUUUGCCAACGGAGUCAAAUAAUGACCUAAAGGAGAUACCCAUUGAGAAGGUAUCUCUUAAAGUGAAUGGAGGGUUGGAAAAUCAGGGUUUCGACUUUGACGACGUCAGGCCGCCGUCAUCCGAUAGAACAAACGCGUCGGGCAUUGCCAAUGCCGUUGAUAUGGCAUUACAGCUCUUCGACACGUGGAACUUUGAUGAUUAUGAAGUUGUUAAAAUGCCGGAACGUGUUAUACAAAUACCAAGAUCCGCCAGCAGAAAGGUCAGCAUUGGUGCCGACGAAGAAAAGGUCAAAAAACUUGAAAAUGAAAAUAAAGAAUUGCAUGAAACAAAUGCCAACCGCUUGCAAGAGAUUGCUAAUCUACAGAAUCAGAUCGACGAGCUCGAGCUGGACCUUAGGAGGCAAGUAGACACGGUCAGACUCCAACAUGAAAUUGAGACGGCCAAACUCCAGGAAGCUUUGAAGGAUAGGGAAAGGGUCAUCAGUGAAAUAAAUACUGCAAGAUCUUCGGCAGAUGCCGGGCUAAGUUUGGAAUCUGCUAGGGAAAUACAAAUGCUGAGCAAAGAGAUUGAUUCCGUAACGGAGGAGAAACAAGGGCUGUUGAAGCAGGUUCAACUCAUGACCGCGGAAAGAAACAAAAUGGCUGAUGAACUAGAUUCCCUAAAGGCACGCAUAUCAGAGGUCACCAGCAUGGAAAACGCAGUCAAGCAAAUCCAGGUUGAAAAGGAAGGCCAGAUGGCAGUAAUGCGAGAUUUCAUCGGCAAGUUGAAAAUGGAGAAAGAGAGCAUGGCCAGCGACCUCAACAAAUAUCGACGAGAAAACAAGAAGCUUGGUAGUGAAUUAAAACAUGCGAAAUUUGUCGAGGAACAGCUGAAGGACACAUUGAAAAGGUUUGAGGUUGAUGUGUCCCAUCUCAAUGACACCGAAUACGAGCUGAAGGCUUCAAAAGCAGUGCUGAAAGAAAAGGAUGGUGAAAUUAAAACGCUCAAACUGGAUGUGGAGCGUCUCAACGAUGAGCGGGCAAAGGCCGAAUUGACACUGAACGAUUUCAGGAAGCAGCUCUCUGAAGUCACGGAAAAGGCCAGAAAUCUGCAAGAGGAACUAUAUGCCGAACGUAAGAUAUCGCUAGAACAGAAGGAGACUAUUAAGAACCUUGAAGCCACAAAGUGCGCUUUGGAGAUGGAAAUCCAAGAUGGCGAAACCAUGAAGGAAAAGUUGAGACAUGACAAAUCAGAAGCAGUGGACAGGUAUCUCAAAGAGAAGAUCAAGCAUGACUGUCUUCUGAGGGAACAUGAUUUAAAGAGCAACAGACUCUCUGGUCAAGUAAAAGAGCUCAGCACAAAGCUCAAUUUGAUGGCACACAAGUAUGAUCAGCUGAGGGGCGAAUAUGCCUCACACCUGAUAAGAUCGUCCAUCAGGUCAAGUCUGGCUGAACGGAAAAUAGAAUCAGAUAAAGAGACAGCGGUUGGUUUGAUGAACACGGUUCUCAAAUCCAAGGCGGAGCUAGCGCGGAAACGCUGUCAACUCAGACUAAUGGCAAAAGCCUUGCAAAUGCCCAGUGACACCACAGACAAGGACAUUCUGUCGGAGCUUAGAAAGCCGAGAACUCUGGACUCCCUAACGCAGCAAAAAAUUAAAAACUACGAAAAGUUGAAGGCAGCCUACAGCAAACUCAAAACGGAGAAGGACGAGCAAGCGAAAUUAUUGGAAACUAAAACAAGCGCAUAUAACAAAUAUGUGCGUCGCCAUGAUCAGCUACAUGAAGAAAACAGAAGACUCAUUACCGCGCUAGCCUCGGAGCGUGAGAAACUCUCCGCGAUGGAAAUGGAUGCAAAGAGGCAAAUCAGGGAUGAGGUUAUUAAGGUCAAUGAAGAUAAGAGGCUUUUGCAUGCGAAGCAAUGUGAACUUAUGAUGGAGAACCAAGUUUUGAAGCAGGAAGUCGGUAUGUUGAAGCAGCAGGUUGCAUUGCAGUUGGAUUCAUUUGACAUCGAUAGGAAGGAAUCUAUCAGAUCCUACCGGUAUGAAUCUUUGGACGGAAAUAAGUUGGUCAUCAAGAAGCUUAGCAAUAUGAGUAAUGUGCUUGGCUCAGGAGACGUGAAGCACGGCGGCAUUAGGUGCCGAAUCAGCGACACUACCUUUGAGGAUGAUCUGAGCAUCGACUGCAGCGGAAGCGUGGAUUUCGACCGACAACGCACUAUAGAAAAGCCCUACAUCGCGGGUUCACCUUGCGCCUACAAGGACACCAGGGCAUCCUUCUACAGCAGGAAGGCCACACUGGAGAAGAUGAGGACAAGGCAGCAAUUGAAGGAAGAUUAUCGCCCUGAUGGCAUAUACGGCGAAAACGGCAUCAGGAACCGCCAUCCUUGGGUAUUCUAA